CCUCUUUCGCUGAUUUGAGGUGUCGAAGAGUUGAGGAACGGUGCGGGAGGACAUCGGCGUAUGGAGUUGAGGACCCCGGAGGAAAGUUUUACUUUAAAACCACGAGGUUAGCGGACGACAAGAAUUCCGAUGGGAUCUCUCUUCGUUGAGGAACUUACUCGGCCGGAGAUGACAUUCAAGACGGUGGAAGUUUAAAGUGAAACAGGCGUUGACCAGCACUUCGGAAGAGUCUUUGAAGUUGCUCAUAUGUACCUUAAAUAACGCAAAAAGUGGAGGUUUGACAAGAGAAGUGCAUAACUGAAGUCAUCACUUGAAAGAUUGCUCUCCAUUCAACGCGAUCUGAGUGAGCCCACAGCCAAGGAUGGGCCUGUCCUCCGACACCAACAUGAUGUUGCUGCUCUCACAUCACUUCGGGACAGCAGUGUGUGACCUGUACUGUUGGUUUGCCCAGCAAAUGGAUUACAAAUAAACGCAGCACCCAUUCGGUACUCUCGGUUACUCAGAGUGACCCGAGUUCAUCCACUUGUUUUUGGAUAACUCACUUCCAUGGACUACACUUUCAAGAACACAUUUUAAUUUUGCCAGAUGAUUCAGCACAUUGCUACAGCUUUUCAGGGAGACAGUCUAGACACAGACAUUUGUCAAAUUUCUAUGUAAAUUUGAUCAGCUAUUGACAGACAUGGCGGUGGGGGAGGAAAAGUUAACAGAUGAUGAAAUAAGAGAAUUCAUUGAAAAAAAGGUUCAUCAUUUUAAGUUGGAGUUAAGUAAGAAAAGUGGAAAAAAUGGAUCCGUACUCCUUAAUUCCACUGUUGCCUGUGACCCUGCAACCUUUACCCUCUACAAAGAUGUCUGGAGGCAAACAGUCAGCUGUGGUGUGAAUAAGCCAUGGACUACUGCUGCUGGACAAACCCUUGAAAAGGACAGUACAGCAAAUGUCGUGUUAACUCAGAGGUCCAGAGAACAUAGUCAUACACCUUCAUCAGAGAAACAUUCAACAGACUAUAAACGAAGAGCACUGGAAGCCACAUCCACUUGCACCAAAAACAAAGAGAUGAGUUGCUUUUCCAGCAGAGGGCCCGAAGUGACAGAGAAGUACCCCAGUUCAACAGGUGGCUACGCGUGUCCACAAGAAAAGUACAAACCUCUAAGGUUAAAUACUGAGAACAAUUUGGAUGACGGAGUGCCUGGACUUUGUUCUUCCAAACACAUGACACAGAAGGAGAAAGGAGCUAAGGAUUUAAAAUCAAAGGAGCCUUCAGGAUUGGAUAGUUUCCGAGGUGUGGCAGAUGUCUCCAAGGAUUUAGGCACUCAAAAGCUCAAUGCAAAUUUAGAUGCAAAUGCAAACAAACUGAGAAACACUGAAGUUUAUAAACAUCGCCAUAUUGCCUACGAAGACAAAGCUGUGACACAUUCCAUUGUACAUUCAUCAGUUGAUAAAAAUCUGAUUUGUGACGCAGUACACAGGCAAACAAGUAUGAGGGAGGAUACGGUUGAUGUGCAUUCACAGGCUGAUUUAAGACGGACACUUCAUGACAACAAAGGGACGGGGUUCACCCCUUUACCUGAAAGCGUGAGGGGAGGAAUAACAUCUGAGACGGUUAUAAAAGAUGUGCAAUAUGAGGAUAUUUCAGAUUCUGAAGACAUGUCACACGUGGACCAAAAACUUGACACGGAACUUGCAGAGUCGGGCAUUUCAUCGCAUUUUGAAAACAUUCAAUAUGAAGAUGUAAGUGAAGAUGAAAAUCCCCAAAUUCAAAAUAUGGCUGUGGAGAUGCCUUCAUUCUCACCAAAAGUUGCCAAACCCAACAUUAAGCAGUAUGGAUUGGUGCAGACGAACAUUUCAGAGGAGGAACUGAUUCCAGAGAAACAAGUGCCAAAGAAGUCUAAAGCACCUGACAUAGUACAGCAUUUGUCUUGUCCACCUAGUUUUAAAACUAAUGAUUGUGAAAGUGGGAGACCUUUGGGAUGGCAGACAGACAACUCAUAUCAUCCUUCCUCUGGUUCGGAAGAUGCAGACGAGACUGAUGAUGACAUGGAUGAUGACUACUUGGUCGUAGGUUUAAGCAUAUUGGAUAUUAAAUUAGAACCAGUACACGGAGACCAGGCUCACCCAGAAAAACUUUUGCUGGGUGGUGCUGAACAUGCAGACAGAUCAAGACACAGUGGGACAAGUCCAACGCUCUCUGGGCUAUCACUGCCACCUCCAGACCCAAUGCCGGCUUCUUCCUUUUCUCAGAUCGAAGUCUUCGACACAGUUGAGAGAUUUCAAAAAGCAAAACACAUACACUUUGGGGCAAUAAAGAUGACGUCACCAGGAAUGAGCACAGCUAAGAGAAAUCCAACUGCACCCCAGAACUGGAGCGAUUCCUCCUCUGAGCCAGAUGACAGCUGUGACACUGAAGACAGCUGUGAUUACUCGCCUGGUUACAAGCACAACUACUUGACCGUGCCAAGGCAGUUGUUGAAAAACCUGAGUGCACCUGCAUCCUCAAUGACAGAAAGUGAAGGUGAAGCUGUGAGUAAUUUGCAAAAGAGUCCAACCUGGAGCACACAUGAUACUUCAAAAGAGGAAUAUAUAAUAAUCAGUGAUUCUGACUCGGAUAAUGAAAGUGACCAAAAGUCUGAAAGUGUGCACAGUUACUGUGGAAACUUUGACAGUAGAAUUCCACCUACAGAAGAAUUUAAUGACGGAAUUAAUUCAUACUCUGACCAUCCACACAGUCCAGAAAAGUGUACCCCACUGUUGGAACACAGAGCCAGAUGUGGGAAUGCUGAAGUCAAGAUCUCAGAACACAAGAUUUCAGAUGUAGUAGUCUUGUCAUCUGACAUGGAGGAUGACAGUACCCAAACAGAUGAGAAGACGAGCACAUUCUCUUCAGGAGCUCCGUGUGUUCAGCAAAAGAGAAAAACUAUGAACGGUACGAAAAAGAAACCCCAUGAGCCCAGACUGUCUUCUGGCGUCUCGUCUAAGGCGCAGCAUGAGUGUGAACUUGAGAUGCAGAAUUCCUCACUGGGCCUAGAUGGCCCUGACCAUGCUCGACAAGAGAACUCCAGGCAGAUGACCUCAGAAAGAAGUGUUGGAAAAAAACACGUCAAAUGGAAGAGGAGAAUACUCUCAUCGGACAGUGAAGAUCCCCUAACUGAUCACGAAAACAGUUUGUAUUUCAGCAGAAAGCCCCAAACUAACAGUUUAUUAGAGGAUUCCACAACCCCCAUAAGAAAGAAGCUUAAGGCGACACCUCAUCCAUCCAGAGAUAAAGUAGAAAAAGUUGUCUCUAAACUAAAACCGGCAAGUGGUACAACCCCACUGCCUAAAGUUAAGCAGAGUACAGCUCAGCCAAUCUCUAAAGGGUGUUCAUCUGAACUACAGCGCUCUUUGUCUUACCCCGCAACACAGCAUCCAUACACUCCCACAAAGAGUCCCUCACCUUCAACUAGCAAACUGUCAUCAGCGAGGAAACAAGUGAACAAUGAGUGGGAGAAGGGGUACUUCCCAACCAGGAGAGACAGAAAACCUAACCUGGGGAUGGAAGAGGACGUAAGAAGCAGGAACAGUUUGGAUUUGCAGAGGGAAGCAAGGCCUAGACCUAGUAACUUUGACAGAGUGCGCAGACGAAGACACGCCUCCUUUGAAUCUGAAACCCCGCUGAUGAAGAGGACCAAGAGUGAAGCCAUAGAGUGGACAAACGCCAUAAAGCGCAAAACUUCAAUUGAACAAAGAUAUCCUGUUGGUGACAGCUACAAGUGGAAGGAAGAAAGGGCAAAAAAAGGCUUCAUUAGCAAGGGCAGAACAUACAGAUAUCAUCGAAGACACCAUCAGUAGGAGGAAUUGCCUGCAACACAUUUUCUCAAGACGUGUGUGUAACACUGUAAAUAUUGUACAUAUAAAACCCCAAAUUCUGUAUUUUACUUGUGCGUAUGCAACUGUUCAUUUGUGUGCUGUUUAAAAUACAGUUGUUAUAUUAUUGUUUGUCUUUUAAAGUUGACUAGAAAUAAACACUUUUUACUGGUUCCCUCAGACUGUGGGGGGAAAAAUAGUAAGUGAAAAGAUUUUACUUAAGCUACUCUGAAAACAUGACUUUAUUUUGUUGCAUAUCUCAUCCUCUCCCUGUUUUAAGUUGACUGAAGUUUUUGAUCUGUCAACUCACUUAUGAUUACAGAUUAUAUGGUCUUAAAGGGAAGAUAUGUUCAUUUUUAAAAUAUUAAUGCCAAAAUAAAAAGUUUAAAUACUGUA